AUGAAUAACCAAUCUAUUAAGGUCGAAAAAUGUAUUAAAUACCUUGGCGUCUGGCUGGACUUUCGUCUCAGCUGGGACAUUCAUAUCAAAUACAUCGCCAAACGCACUAGCCUAAUUUUUCACGCCUUCUCACAGAUUGCGCGGAAAGGCUGGGGCCUUAAUUCUGAGGGGCUCAGUGUCAUAUACGACCAUAUCUACGUCCCCAUCAUCACCUAUGGCUGUCUUUGCUGGGGAGACGCCGCUCAGAAGGUACAUCUACAUAGAAAGUUGAUCUCCUCCCAACGAAAAGCACUCCUUUUAAUAACAAGAGCAUAUCGUACUGCUCCAAAUAGCAGUUUGCAAGUGAUCUCUCGCAAACCCUUCAUCACUGAAAUCAUCAGGAUGGAACGAAGUAUCUGGAGCCUCAAGAAUGGGAAUGAUAUCUCCACUCCAUCUUGCAACAUCCAGGCCUGUAAUUAUGAAUAUCUGAGUCCUUACACUCAGGCCAUACCUCCCCAUAUCAACAACCUUAUUGGUAACAGCCCGCCCCUCAAUCCUGAUCUUGUCAUCUACACAGAUGGCUCUGGCCACAACAACUCAAUAGGCUGUGCUUUUGUUGCCUACUGCAACAAUAUGGAAAUUUACUCACAACAGAACAGACUUCAUAACACCUGUACUGCCUUCCAAUCUGAAAUUCUAGCCAUAAAUAUGGCCAUUAACUGGAUUGAGCAAAGGUACACGGAAAACAGCAUUCACAUCAUUACCGACUCCUCCUCUGCCAUCGAACUAAUCUGUGGCACCAAACUCCAUCCAAUAGCCACAUCCAUCCGGCACUUAAUCCUUCACUCCAGCAACUCAUACCAUAUUACUUGGACCCGGGGGCACCAGAACACCGAGGGAAAUAAGCGGGCUGAUCAGCUGGCGAAGGCCGCGGCUGUUGAUGACUCCCUUACCAUCAUCUACAACAAAAUCAGUCACGACAGAGUGAGAAAAAUUAUGUACAAGGAUGUCUUAAGUCGCUGGCAAUCAUCUUGGUCUCAACGACACAACGAACCNUGA